AGACGACAUAUGUGUCGUCUGCUCUUCACUGAAACCUCCAUUCAGACAUAAAAAAGGAGACAAGUGAAGUAAAAAUGUGGGCAGGACGAUUUAAUGAUAUGAUUCCACAAAACAAUAUGAAAAAUACAAGUUUUCAACAAAAAAAUAGGAAUUAUCACCAAAAUGACUUGGCUGUGAAGGAAAUGAAACAACCCUUAUCAGUGAUCCAGAGUUUACAGCCAGGUUUUACUACAAAUCUUAUUGGAGUUGUCCUGAAAAAGGAAUCACCAAGGUGUGUUAUAAGCAAAAAGAGCCCUCAUAAGGAAAGAUAUUGUUUGGGCUUCACUAUAAGAGACUCUCUUGACUGGUUUAUGAAUGCUACAUGUUGGGGGGAAAAACCUACAGUCUUUUAUCUAGCUGAGUGUUUUAGAAUUGGAGAAGUCAUUCAAAUAAAAAAUGCAAUGGUUAUGGCAGCCACAUCAUUUGAUGAAAAGUUUAGACCAUGGACCUCAAGCCCUCUGAGUUUGAACAUCAGUGAUGCAGGUAACAUAAUCAUAUACACAGGGCUUGACAGAGAGCAAUACCUUCGUUACAGUCACUUACCGACUAAAAUUUACCGAGACCAUUACACCUUAGAAGACAUCAACAUCAAUGGACAAUCCCUACAUGGCGAACAUGUUAAUUUAUUGGUAGCAGUGAAGAAGGUAAAUGAAGUAAGAAAUAUUAAAACCAAAACAGGGAAACAAAUGAAACAAUGUGAAGUGAAACUGUUUGAUGAAACUUGUUCCACAUUUACAUUAAUGCUAUGGGAUGAUCAACUCAUCAACAAUGCAUUGUCUUGGGUUUCAAACCAAACUGUUCUCUUCAUCAAUGAUGUCAAAGUUGUAUUUGAUGAAUAUAAAAACUAUAUGGCAUCUACAGCAACUUCCAAGACUAUUAUUACAGUCAAUCCAGAGAUUGAAGAAGCUCAGCAUUUGUACGUAUAUGCAGAAAACCACCAAGACUUUGAAGAAAUAGAGGACGAUGUAAAUAAUAUUCCUGAUCCCUCUUCUAUUACUGAUGUGUACACAGUUAAAGAAAUCAAUGAUCUAUUGAAAGUUCCUUCUGGCCAAGAUAUAUUUGGUUACUCUUACAGUUUUAUUAGUUGGUUUAAUGUGGAUGCAACAAAUAAGAAUUACAUACAGUUUUACUGCCCUGAUUGCAUGUUUCUAAUGAGUGCGGAGUCUCCAAUCUGUUUAAACAGCAACUGUGAAUCUACUUAUGAUAAUAUGAAGUCUCCCAUUAUAAAGUUCUAUCUGACAAUCUCUUUCUCAGACUGUACAGACACAAUAAGGAAAUGCUUCAUAAACAAUGACCUUGUUGAAAACCUUCUCAACAUUUCAGCUGCUCAAUUCAUUCAGCUGAGUGAAAAUAGAAAGACAGAACUGAAGUGGAAAGUCUUGUUUGAACGAUUCAAAAUAUAUUUCAAGAUCCAGAGACAACAAGAAUCUAAUCGCCAACCCCAUAGAAUUAAAGUCCUACACUGUAUGCCAGUUGAUCUGCAAGAACUGGUCACUUAUUACCAACACAAGAAAUAAAAUUAAAAAUCAAUGUUUGACCCCUUUCUGCUGCUGUUUUAUCUAUAAUUGGUAAAUAUAAUAUUGUUAUUUUUAUCUCAUAAUAAUUCUUUUCAAAGAAGUCAAUAAAUCGUUCACAUCACCAUU